UCAGCAGCUCCCUGCUCAGCUCAGGCUGACCACAGACUCCACUCUCGCCCAGAGCCUCGAGCCGUGAGUGCCUCAGGCGGGGACCAGGCCUCCAGAGUUGGAGACCGAAGCUCAACUGGAUGAAUUAAAUUCACUGGGUUUAACUGGACAGUGGAGUAGCACCAAGACCUAUAUAUAGACAAUUGAUGGGUGCUUGGAAGUUGGCGUGCAUAUUCAGAAAUGUUUUGCCACCUGAAGCCUUUGAGGAGGUUGGCUAUCACCUGCAUGGCAGUUUGUCCCAGAGAAUAAUCCCUGUGUCUGACAGGUUCUGCCUGAAGAAGAUCCUCCCUCAUUGGCUUCACUACUCUCGAGCUCUAUCAGGAGCAGAAGCCAUCAAUGCCUUGAGGCCUUUCUACUUUGCAGUUCAUCCGGAUUUCUUUGGACAGCACCCCAGGGAAAGGGAAAUCAAUGAAAAUUCUCUUAAGAGAUUAAGUGUCUACUUAGAAAAUCUCCAGAAACCAGGCUUUAAGUCUCUGAAACCAACUCAGCUUACAUUUUACAUAAGAGAAAAGACAGCCCAGCACUCCUCUGAAGGCCAGGAGCCUUCCAGUACUUCUGGGUUUCGAGCAGUCAGAUUUACUUUGCACACCAGCGAUCUGCUAAGCACAGUGUUAUAUAUUCUCAACUCCUGCAGUUUGUCUGCUGAACACAUCCAAAGCUUGAACACUAAUGUGCACUCCCAGCCUCUCAAGGAAACCACAGGGAUGCCUGGCAGACCCAUCAAAUGGCAUAGGUCCUACUAUUCCUUUACUGGGUUCAAAGACCCUGAUGAAGACCUUGAACAGGUCUCAAGAGUGGAAACAACCCUCAUGUCCUGGUUAGGUAGCAAUGGGAAAAGUGCUGUUAAAAAGCUGAAGAACAGUUUGCCACUUAGGAAGGAGCUGGAUCGUCUGAAGAGUGAGCUGUCUGAGCUUCUGCAGCUUUCAGAUAUCAGGUGGCAGAGGGGCUGGGGUGUUGCCCACCGCUGCAGCCAGCUGCACAGUCUUAGCCGCCUAGCACAGCAGAGUUUGGAGCCACUUCAGAAUGCAAAGGGAUGCACCAUCGUAUUCACAGAUCGCUCCGGGAUGAGUGCACUGGGCCACGUGAUGCUGGGGACCAUGGAUGUCCACCAUCACUGGACAAGACUCUUUGAAAGCUUGCCAAAUUAUUUUGAUCUUCAGAGGAGGAUGUCAGUCUUAGAAGACCAGAUAAGCAGUCUUCUAGGGGGCAUCCAAGUGGUUUAUAUCGAAGAGCUACAGCCAGAAUUCACAAUUGAUGAGUACUACUCCCUCCUCAAUGUGUUCUAUAAUCAGCUGCUGAAAAGUAGGGUACCGUCCCACCCUCAAGGUCUGAGCGGCUUGCAGAUGAUCCUCAGCAGUGACAGGUAUGAGCCAACCUUGCAUGAACUUGGACAUUUUAACAUCCCAGCCCUCUCAGAUCCAGCAGGCCUCCAGUCAUUUAUGAGAGCCAAAGCUCGGCAGGCAAGAGAGAACAUGACCAGAAGGGAGGAGUUAAAAGUUAUUGAAAACGAGUUGAUUCAGGCUUCAACAAAGAAGUUUUCCCUGGAGAAGUUAUAUAAAGAGCCCAGCAUUUCUAGUAGACAAAUGGUGGACUGUUGUAAGAGACUUCUAGGACAGUCCCUGCCUUAUCUACAUGGGAUGCGCCUCUGUGUGUCACAUUUUUAUUCUGUUAUGCAAGAUGGAGACCUGUGCAUCCCCUGGGACUGGAAGAAAGGAGAAGCUACCAAGUAACACAGAUAGCUGUUUUACUUUCUGGAGAAAUGAGAAACUGUUGAAUUUAUUUAAAUUCAGUUUGAUAUAUUAUUAGUGUUCACAGGUUAGAACACAGUUCCUGACUGCUGCUCUAAAAGUGGAGUGAGCCUUCCUUUGUGGUAAUUUUAUGCUAAGAAACUUAUCUUUCAAAGGUUUUAUCCCCUAGUUUUAUGAUGCUGAUGGCUAGGCAAAAAGAUCCUUAGAAAGAAAACUAUUUUAAAGAUAUGUAAUAGAGAGUUUGGUAAGUCAUAUAUUUUUAUAUGAGUGGAUGUGUGUGUAUAAAAAUUGACCUCAUUCAGUAUAGCUCUUUAGUACUAGAACUCAUUUUUACAUCCAACACAGUUCAAUGUAUGUCUUCAUAGUUACAUCUCAUAGACACACACACUUUGUAGCCAGUAAUGGACAGUUAUGUUCAAAACAGAUGAUUGAUGAGUAGCAAAAAUUAAAUAACCACGUUUUGUUUGAGAAAGUUCUGUUUUUGUUUUUUGUUUUGUUCUGUUUUUGUUUUUGUUUUUGUUUUUCAAGACAGGGUUUCUCUGUGUAGCCCUUGCUGUCCUGGCACUCACUCAGUAGACCAGGCUGGAACUCACAGAGAUCCGCCUGCUUCUGCCUCCCGAGUACUGGAACUAAAGGCAUGUGCCACCACCACCCAUUGAGAAAGAUUUUUUAAAACCCUAUUAAACAUAUGCUAUCAACACUGUUUGAUACUAGUUUAUUUAAAUACAUGAUUUCUUCUACCAAUCAAAAUAUCUGUAGAGCAUGUAUUUGGUAGACAGAGGCCCUGGGUUCCAUCCCUAGUACCAAGAAUGAGUCAGAUGUAUUAUUGUCAUUAAUCCAGAAGCUCCUCCUAAAAGCUGUCAGCACUGGCCCAGGUACAGCCUGCAGCCUCCUGUGAUCUCUGAUGUCUCCCACAUAGUGGGAGGCCACUGUCUAUUCAGAGCAGACACACACACACACACAAACACACACACACACACACACACACACACACACACUCUCUCUCUCUCUCUCUCUCUCUCUCUCUCUGUCUCUGUGCCCUUCUCCCCUGAGGAAAUCCUGAGUUUUUCCCACGGUGCAUCAGAACAAAGGAGACAUUACAGUCAGUUUUUCAUGUUUUGGACUUUUAUAAAACAUUAGUUAUUUAAACAGUUCAAUUGUAUGUUCAAAAUAAGAACUGAAUUGUAAAAGGAGUAUGUGUGCCAUUAUUGUUUUGACCCAUGCUAAUUAGACAAAUGUUGCUAUAAAUACUAUCCAAAAUAUUCUACAUAAGAAAGAGUCCUCAAGUUGGGUUUAGUGGUGCACGCCUUUAAUCCCAGCACUCAGGAGGCAGAGGCAGGUGGAUCCCUGUGAGUUCAAGGACAGCCUGGUCUACAAAACAAGUUCCAGGACAGCCAGAGCUGUUACAUAAAGAAACCCUGUCUCAGGGUGGGGGAGGAGGAAGAGUUCACAAAGAUAGGAUAGUUUAUUGGAAAAUUGAUUAUGCCACUUGUAACAUCAGCUAACACAGAAUCUUCUGUGAUGUGUGUUGAACUGGAUUUGUCUCCAAACUAAUUGUUACAUAAUAAAAAAAUACCUUGUUGACCAUA